ACAAACUCUAUUAUCUAGGAUUAUUAUAGAACUUCAGUAAUCUAUUUUCUAUUGCACUUUCUCUAUAAUUACACCACUGUAUUAAUUAUUCAUUUCUAAAACAUCCAUAGUGAUGGACCCGCUAUCAUUACAAACUAGCUCAUUUGUUACAUAAUCAUUGGAACGGCAUAUUCAGAGGGAUACGUUUAAAUAAUUUACUUUUAAUCAAAAUAAAUACUUAGUUUAUAGAAAAUUAAUAUUGCAAAUUAUGUCAAGGGAGCUGUUGAUAAUAUUUGUCUAUGAUCCCAGAUUUUGCACAAAUGAGUCAGAUGAUCCAAAUAACUCUAUUUUAUAUUUCCAUCCUCCCUGGGUGAGUCCAUCUCAAAAAUUAGCUCUUUGUGGUCAAUUGAUGGGAAUCGCUAAAUUUACAUCUUUAGCAUUUUCACUUCCAUCAAUUUUGGCUUUGAAAUCUGGGAAAUUUGCAUUCAAACAGUUUGGUUCUUUAACUCUGUGUGUGGGAACAGAUCGAAACAUUCCAGAUAGCAUUUUAAAAAAACGAGCUGAUACUCUGUUUAGUAUAUUAUGUACAUUCCAUUAUGACAUUCCUGAAUUAUCUGAUCAAAAAUUACUAAAAGAUAAUUUAAAUAUUGCCAUAUCUUCUUACCUUUCUCUUUUAUUAGUGUCAUCUAAUAUAUUUGCUGCAACGACUGUACUGAAAGUUCCUAAAAGUUGUGGAAAUAUUUUAUUAGAAUCAAUGCAAUUGUUAGAAAGUAUGCAAACAAAAUCAAAUGUUUUAGGAGGAAUGAUACUUCAUCAUAAUAAGAUUGUAAUAACACAGUUAGAUUUUGAACUAACAAAAUUAAUACAAUUGACUGAUCCAUUUCGUAACAAGAUUCCAGCAUGCAAUGUUGAUGGAAAUUAUCAUAUACCAAUGGGUACUCAAUUGUUAUAUGUCUAUGUUGAUAAAAGUCAAGUAUUGCUACUUAGAAAGUCAGCCAAUCAAUUAAAACAGUCUUUAAAAAAAAUACCUAAAUGGCGACAAAAAAACAAUAUUUCAAAUAGUUCUCAAGAAAUUAAAGUUGAGAAGUGCCAAGAUAAAAAUAUAUUUACAGUUGAAGAAGAAUUAACUCCAGACAGUAAUACUGAAUCUAUUAACAGUAUUCCUGAUAUUAUUAAAGUAUCUAUUAAACAGUCAGAAAAAAAAGUAUAUGACACUAAAAUUAAUUGUUCAGUAUAUGACGAUUCGAAAGAUGAUUUACCAGAGUUCACCAAACUUGUCACAAUACGCAAUAAUGCUAUAAGAUAUCAAAGUCUAAGAACCCUACCUAAAGUGGUAAAUGAUGAUGAUCCUAAAAAUGACAAUAAAUAUAGAACUUUAUGUGAUCCUUAUUUUCCAUUAUUACGAGAAGAUAACUUUGCUAUUUCAAAAGCUUUGUAUGACAAACAACUUAAUCAACAUUACACUGAUCUUGAUUUGAUAGCAAAAAAGCAAACAGAUGAAGUUCCUCAAAAAAAAAAAGUCAACAGACCAACAUCAAUACCACUAAAUUUUCAAAAUUUUGAAAGAAAAGAUAUUAUUAAAGAUGACAUUAUGACUCCAUUAAUGGCCAAAUUAAGCAUGACAGAUUUAUUUCCUUAUACUACACCUACAGAAAAUUUGACUACUCCAUCAACGAGUUUUCAACAAUUAAUUAAUAAUUCAUCGAAUCAACAGAAAAUGAUAUUGUUUGUUGUUGGAUUUCAGAACACUUCUUUAAUGGUUUUAUUGGAGAAGGAAGCAGAAAAUGAUCCUGACCUCAUUCAUUUAUUAUGGAAUUUGAGUAUAAAUAGUAUUGGUGAUUUAGAGCGUUCUCUAAAUAAUAUCAUGUCAAAUAUACCUGAUACUUAUAAUUUACAAAGGCCUGAUGAAAAUUAUGGAUUUAUGGUAAUGGAUACUAAAGAAGCUGGCUUAAUUGAUAAACAUGGGAGUUGGAUUGCUUCACAAACACAAUUGGCCACUACAAUUCAUGAAUCAUUCCAAAAAGAUACUCCCAUAAUGGACGUAAUCAUAAGAGAUGAUGAUAAUGUUGUUUAUGGUAAUAAAUGUGGUAGUCGUGAACUUUUUUAUCAACAGAGUGGUAGUAUUGUUAGAGGCUUACCUACACCAUCAGAUUUAAUGGGAGUUAUAACAACAACAGCAAAAAGAAAAUUGAAAAGGGAUCAUGGCAUUGUCAUUUUAUAAUUAUGAAGAAGUAACUUUUUAUAUAUAGAAUUUUGUAUGUUAUUUAUUUUUCAAUAUUCAUUCAAUGUUAUUACAGUAUUAUUUUUAAGUACAAAAUUUUUCAAUAUGCUUUAUACACUAAUUAUUAUUAUUGUUUUUAUGAUUAUUAUAUUUUAUUAAUUAUUA